AUGCCUGAUGCGUUGACAGUAGAUGAGUUUAUAAGUGACACUUUAAAUGAUGUCAGACAUCCUCUCAAGUGUAAUUUUAUUUCGAAAAUUUCUAGUGUGAGAUGUACAGUAUAUAAUUUGGAUGAGAGUUUAGAGACAGACCGAAAUGUUCUUAUACGAUCGAAAAAAUUAGUUAAAUCAGUUGUCGCUUCUGGAAUCGCCUAUGCUGAUCAAAUAACAUCAUUAUGUGACUUUUUAGAAAGGCUUGGUCAAAUAGCUUUGGAAGGCAACGAACCUAAUGGAAAUGAUAUCGCUACCAGUCUUUGCAAGUUCUCUGUUGUUCACCGAGACUUGGCUAACAUGACUAAACAUUUGAUGCAGAAUUUAAAUAGUAUUGUCGUAUUUCCAAUGGAAACAUUUAUGCAAGGCGACAUCAAAUGCGACCUCAAAAAGCCCUUCGAAAAAGCACUUAAGGAUUAUGAAUAUAAGUAUGAUAAAUUACGAAAAGAAAAGUUGCAAACGAUGAAGGAAACUGGGUGCUAUAUUCCCGAAGCAUUUACAGAAGGAAUGACAAAAGAUUUAGAAAAAGAACGUCGAAGACUCCAACUUGAGACUUGUGAGUAUCUGAUCAAAGUAAAUGAAUUAAAAGCAAAACGUGGUGCUGAUCUUUUGCAACAUUUAAUUGAUUUCUUCUAUGUUCAAACUCAUUACUUACGUGAAUGUUUAGGUGUAAUGGAUCAUUUUGGAAAGUCAAUGAGUGAUUUAUCUAGUCGAGUAAAUGAAUUACAUAAAAUUAAUGAUAUACAAAAGCGUCGUCUUGUUGAUACUCGUGAAGAAGUCAAAGGGGUACUGGAUAAAGAGUGUGAUUCGAUUCGUCGAAAAUCUCGUUUAUUUGGACAGUCGGUACAAACUGGUGUCACGUAUGCAGCACAACCAACUCAAGUGAAUCGAGCAUUUGGAACUAAAAAGAGUGGAUUUCUGCUGAAGAAAUCAGAUGGAAAGGUAAAACGUGUUUGGCAACGUCGUCGUGUACGUAUUGCUGAUGGUGAAUUAUGCUUAUAUCAUGCAGAUGAAACUAAACCACCUGUACGGCUAACUUUACUUACUUGUCAGGUUAAAUUACCUACAGAAAAUGCAGAGAAUGAUUCCAAUUUAAAUCAUAGUACUACUGGAGUUGGUGGUGGUAGUGGUGCUGGUGGUAAUUCAAUUACUUCAGAAGGAAAAUUCUACUUUGAUCUUGUUUCAAAUAGUCGAACAUACAAUUUCCAAGCCGAAGAUGAACAGGAAUAUGAAGAAUGGAUAAGUAUUUUAAAUAAUGCAAUGCAAGAAGAAUUCAACAAAGCAAUGAAUGGUGAACAUUAUGCAACUGCACAAUAUGAUCAUCUCUCGGACACGACAACAAGCACAUCAAAUCAUUCGGUUAAUAAUAAUAACAAUAAUAAGAAUAGUAUUACCAACAGUGAUAGUUUAGUUGCCGAUAUGGAUUUAGUCUAUUCAACUCUAACUGCUCAAGGAAAUCAUCCCAGAAAUAGGAAAUCUGAUAGUUUUGGCGAUAGUCUACCAGGGAGUGUAAAUGAUUUAUUAGAUUCCAGCGGUUCACAAGUUAGUCAUUCGCAUGAAAGUCACUUAGAUAAUGUAGACACUUUUUCAACAGAUGGUAUUAAUCCGGUUGAAUCGAAAGCACGUCCAUCGAAAUCACUAAUUCAAUCUUCUUUACGAUUCUCUGCACCUGGUAAUGAAGUAUUUGCUGAACGAUUAGAUCUUAUGACACCAUUUCAACCGGAAGAUGAUGAUAAUUCCACAUCAUUUUUACCAGGAACAACUGCAUUACAUAUAGCUGUAGAAACAACCAAUCCAUUCUUGACCAAAUUCAAAUCAAUUUAUUCUCAUGAAAAUAAAUUACACAUCACUGAUUCAACUGAUGAACAACAACAACAAACUGUGGAAUCAUUUUUAAAUUUUUAUAAUAAUACUACUAAUAAUCAUCAUCAUCAACAUGAAUCAUCAACAGUAUGGAAUACAAUGAAUAAUUAUGACUUAGAAAAAUCAUCCCAUUGUAAUUUACCAUUGGUAGAAUUCAUUUUACAAAAUUCCACAUCGGGUAGUUUAAAACGUACCAAUAAAUUAGGCGACACAGCAUUACAUCAUGCUGCUCGUUAUGGAUGUGUGGACGCGUUGAAAUUAAUUGUUCAAGCUGGCGGAAUUCCAACAUCAUUACUUCAAUUAACUAAUCAUACUGGUCAAACAGCAUUAGAUAUUGUGGAUACAAUAUUGUUGACAGAACAAAAAUCCUGCAAUGAUAAUCACAAUGAAUUAUUAGAUGCUUAUAAACAAUGUCAAUAUAUUUUAAAAUUAGCUAAUUUCAUUGCAUCCAAUCUAUUCUCUUCACAUAAAACAACAACAACAACAACAACAAAUCAUUUCAUUGAUCAUGCUACACUGUGUUCAUCUCCGUCUUCUCCGUCCUCUCCUUCAUCAUUAUUAUUUCCGAAUUUACAUAAAUCUAUGGAUAGAUUAACUAAUUAUCGUCAUCAUCUUACAGAAUUGUUAAAUCAGUUAAAUUCCAUUGAUUGGUGCCCAUUGACUACUACUACUAGUACUACUGCUACUUCAACGCCAGCAUCAUCUGCAUCAGCAUCGUUCAUGACAACCGCGACCAUGACAACCAUGACAACGACACCAACAACAACAGUACAUGUAGUAAAUCAUGGUAAAAGUCAUUAUAUUUGUAAACGUACUCUCAUUCCUACAACUAGCACUAUGAAUGCUGCUGCGAGUAUAUCAUCACAAAAUAUGCAAAAUGUAACUACUACUACUACUACCACUAGUAGUAGUAGUAGUAGUUCAAAAAAAUUACAGACGAAAACAUUGCAUGAAAAUAAUAAUGGUAAUAAUACUAAUCAAUCAGAGGAGACAUUUUCAUUAUCACCUAUCAUGAAAAAUAUUGAUCAAUUGAUUUCUACGCGUAAUUCAUGUGAAUCAUGUACACCAAAACCAAGUUCAACUGGUAAACAAAUAACUUUUGAUGAAAAUCAAUAUUCUAGAGAUAACGAUGUUAUUUCAUCAGUAUUAAAUAAGCCUAUACGAUCCUAUAGUCAACAUUCACCUUCAAUUCAUUAUGGUAGUGCGCUGGCUACAUUACCAAGAAAAAAAGGUCCCGCUCCUCGUCCACCGUCUGUAGAUGAUCAAAUGAACGAUUCUAGUGGUGGUGGUGGUAUGUCAAUUCGAAGUACUGAUUUUUGGAAUACGUUCAAUCGAUUAGAUGUCAGUCGUACACCUAGUUCUUCAAUGGUUCAUGAAAAACCAUUGCCGCCUAAUGAUCAUAUUGAUAUAAUUUUGGAUGUAUUGGAAGAGAAGCCAAUUAUUUCUGAAUCGCUUGAUCUUUCUGCCAAUACCAUCAGUGCGACUGGCAUAGCUACCACAACAACAGCAACAACAACGAUGACUACUGCUUCUUCUUCUGGUAUCUGCACAUCACCUGCUGUUCCACCGAAACCAAGUUAUUUAUCCAAUACAAUUUAUUCAACUUUACCUAAUCGAAAUUCACAAUUGAUUCGAAAGAGUCCUAAUUUACUCAGUUCCAAUUUACCUAUCCUCUAUGAUACUUCUUCAACGAAAUCAUCCCUGAACACUUCGACUGGAUCAACGGUAAAAGUUCCUAAAUCAAUGGUGAAUUCAUCUAACCGAUCGGUUGAUUCCAUAAAAUAUUCUUUAUCACAACAUACAAAUGAUAAUUAUCAGACCAAUUUACCACAGACCACUUCAUCAACAACCAUUCAUCAUCCGCCCACUAUGCCAACAACAUCAUCGCCAUCCCAUUCAUUGAAAUGUAUGAAAAACUCAAAUCAAUUAUCAUCAUCAAUGGUAAAUUGUAAAUUAGGUGAUCUAUUCGAAGCAUUAUAUGAUUGUGAAGCGGAAAAUCCCGAUGAAUUAACAUUUAAUCGUGGUGAAAUUAUACAAUUACUUCAUAAACCAGACGAUGAUGAUGAUUGGUGGGAAGGUUUCAUUCAAUCCGAUCCAAAUCGACGUGGAAUGUUCCCAGUGACUUAUGUAAAAAAACAUUUUUCUAAAUAGUUAAUUUAUCGGUUGUUUGGUUUUUCUUUUAAAUCCACAGUGCAAUUUUCGUUUGUUUGUUUGUUUGUUUUUAUUGAAAUUUUAUAUCCUCUCUCUCUCUCUCUCACUUUGAUCAGCAUUUUUUUUCAUUUGGAAACUGUUCAUGUUAUUGUUGUUAUUGUUGUUGUUGUU